AUGGCAAAAGUUAUAACGAAGUUCGGUUUAUCUUCUCUAAUUAUUAUUCAGAAGGUGAGAGAGAGAAGAAAUUUUAAAGAAGACACAACACACCUUCCUAAUCCCUCUUGUUGGUAUGCCAAAAGAGAGACGGAAAAGACGGGCUAUUUGGAUAACGCUGCCAAGCGAACACAAUGUGAAGACAG